CAUCUCACAUAAUAAUUAAUUAUUAUUAUUAUACAGCGGGUCUAUUUCUUCCAUGGCGUUCGAUGGAAUCAUUAGACGACCUGUCUCCCAGCUGCGGAUAACAUCCAUCUGAAGCUCGUCUUCCUCACUACCCAGCUGCGGAUAACAUCUAUCUGAAGCUUCUCUAGGGUUCUCUGGUUAUUUAAUCCUGAAUGGAUCGCCAAGCUCGUGCCCGGGUCGACCUGGAGUGUAUGCUGUUGGAUGAAACCAAAGAACCGAAGGCUCUGCCGUUAUCACUUCUUGAAAACAUCACAAACAAUUUCUCUCCGGGCCAUAAAAUUGGAAGUGGCGGAUUUGCGGUGGUCUAUAAGGGAGUCCUUGACAAUGGCACGGUCGCUGUGAAGAAGUUGUCCAACACGUAUUUGUAUGAGGAUAAGUUCCGGCAGGAGAUUGAAUGUCUGAUGAAGGCGAAGCACAAAAAUAUAGUACGGUUUCUGGGAUACUGUAGCGACACACAGGAGGAAUUCUUAAAAUAUGAAGGAAAAUCUAUCAUGGCUGGCAUUCAAGAAAGAAUACUCUGCUUUGAGUAUGUACCCAAGGGGGAUCUUUUGAAGUAUAUCUCUGAUGCAUCUAGUGGACUUGAAUGGCGUGAUCGCUACAAAAUAAUAAAAGGAAUCUGUGAGGGAUUGAAUUACCUUCACACACAAAAUAUUGUUCACCUGGAUCUUAAGCCAGCAAAUAUACUCAUGGACGAUAAAAUGGUGCCGAAAAUCACUGACUUUGGUGUAUCGAGGUGCUUCAAAGAAGACCAAACCCGGACUAUUGUUACAAUAGUUGCUGGAACCCCUGGAUAUCUGGCACCAGAAUUCACCAAUGGCGUAAUUACAUUCAAAUAUGACUUGUAUGCUCUUGGUGUUAUAAUCAUGGAGAUACUAACUGGAGCAAAAGGAUACCAUGAAGCUGGGGAAGUACUUGAAAGGUGGAGCAGUAGGCUGGAAACAUCACAGAAACUGCAAGUACGAGUAUGCACUAACAUAGCAAUAGAGUGCGCUGAUUUCAAUCCUGCAAGAAGACCAACUAGUAUACAAUAUGUAAUUGAUAGGCUUACUGAAACAGAAAGCACGGAAACGAGGGACCAACUUGACGUGUACCUUGUCGAGCUUCGCUUCCCUGUCAGAACCAACACAGAUGAACACACGGUAUUCAGGCUUAUAGAGAAGAGCACCAAGCCUUGGCGUUGCUUUGCAAGUCUCCCACUAUACGGCAUUGUGCCUUCCAGGUUCACCACAUACACUCUCGUUGUUACAACGCAACAGCAAGAGAGGCUACCAGAAGAAACGGAGUAUGAUCUGAUCCUGCAGAGCAGUCUGUCUGGAGAUAAAAAAAUCCCUACUUCGAGAGACCAAUCUAAGUAUAAAAAGUUAUUCGAUGAAGCUAAAGAGUCAGGGAGUGAAGUGCGUGAGAUGCUGAAAACUGUUUUUGCUUCGCAAGAACAGACAAUGUCCGCGCAGACAAUCUCAAGAAGAAUAAAGGAUCAACGGAUCAUAUCCCUUAAGAAUACUCAUGGUGUUCUGUGCUCCCUUGAUGCACACCCUACGGAGCCAUGCAUUAUAACAGGUCAUCAGAACGGAGAUGUUUGCAUAUGGAACUAUGACACGCAGAGGCAGAUGGAUUCAUUUAGUAUCUCGAAGGAGUCAGUCAUGCCUUCUUACGUACCAAAAAAAGUUCAUUCCGUUAAAGUUGUCUCAAGAAAGAAAUGGUUUGUGGCUGGAACAUCUGAUGGUGUGAUCCAUGUGUACAAUUAUGACAACAAAAUACAGAAACUCAGAAGCUUCAGAGCCGCCAGUGAUUGCUUCAUCACAUCAAUGGCCGUCAAUCCAACCCGUCCGUACAUAUUGUCAUCGGCUUAUCGUGAUAUGAAGCUCUGGGACUGGAGCAAGGGGUGGGAGUGCAGACAUUCAUUCGUGGAAGAACACUCCGAUACUAUACGUCAAGUUGCAUUUAACCCAAUGGACACCAGCAUUUUUGCAAGUGCUUCAGAUGAUCUCACGGUAAAGGUUUGGAGCAUUGAUUCUCCUGAAUCUAAAUAUACCUUGUCUGGGCAUCUGGACAAAGUGAACUGUUUCGAUUUCUUCACAUGUGAUGAUCGACAAUAUUUGAUUACUGGCUCUGACGACCACACUGCUAAGAUAUGGGACAUGGAGGAAAAGGCCUGUGUUCAUACAAUGGAAGCUUUCAUGUCUCCAGUAAUUUCUGUCAUUGCCUUUCCCGAUAGCCCAUAUCUGAUUACAGGUUCAAGAGAUGGCUCUGUUUAUUUCUGGAGCUCCAGUAAAUUCAGUGAAUUCUGCAAAGUUCCUAGGCUGGAGAGAAUCGUGAACUUUGGCUCUGGUGGAGCUAUUUGGGGUUUCGGACAUUUCAUGGGGUCAAGAAGGAUUGUGAUCGGACAAGAGUACACAGUGUCAAUCAUGGCCAUCGACAAUGAAGAUGAACCAUUUGCUAGUGAGGACAGCAAUGAAAACCCCAUAUAAGUGACGCACUAGGAAAUGGACAACUUUCACACAAACUGAGGUCAAUCGACGACUUUUAAGCAGAUGCACGUUUGUGCAGUGAACUCUGUUCCCAGCCCAGAUGAGCGGCGGCGGCGGCAACAUCUGGGCGUGAGCGCAGGCAGCGACAACAUCUAGUCAUCAGCACGGCGGCAACAUCUUCACGUGAGCAGCGGCGGCAUCAUCAUCUCGCGGCGGCGGCGUCCUCCAUGUCGACUCCAUCCUAUUCCUAGCACGGACGGGCGAUGUCAACCGCACCGUCGGCAAGUCAACCACCAGGUAAUCAAGCAUCCACACCGUCACAUACCCACUUUCCCUUGUGCCAUCUCCAUGCCCUCCCCGUCUCCCGCUAUGCCGCCGGCAAGGGCACCACCAGGUGAACGCCGGCAAGAGCACCAACAAAGGGAAGUAGGAUUCAGAAGGAGAUCCCUGUAUAUUCAGUUAUUCAUAGAAAGAUGUAGGAUCCAGCUGAUUGGUGGUCCAAUCAUGGGUCAAGUACACCAAAUCUCAGGGUAUUGGCGAUGCGGAUUUUGAGUUUGACAUGCAGCUCCUCGGCUUGUGAGAGGAAUUUCAGUGUUUUUCAGCAGAUUCACACAAAAAGACGCAAUAGGCUACUUCAUGACAAAAUGAGAGACCUUGUGUUCAUCAAGUUCAACUCCAAACUAAAGCAAAAGAGAGGGAUGAAAAACAGGGACCCAAUUGAGGACCACACAUUUGUAGAUGUUGUAGAAGAUGAAGGCAAUGAGUGGAUCACUGGUGUUGUGCCUAUUGAAGGAGUGCAAACAGGAUUUGAACCUGAAGAUGUACAAGUUGUAGAACCAACAUUAGAAGGAGAAGUUGCUCCAUCAAAAAGAAAGAUAGUGUCUCAAUCUCGUCCUAGGAAGAAGAAGAAGUUGCUUCCUAUUUAUCGUGAUGAUGAGUUGCAAUCAGCUGAGUCUUCUUCUGAAUCGGAAGAUGAUGACAUGCAUUUACCAGUGAGUGAUUCUGAAUAAUCUCAUUGUGCUAUGUUGUAAUGUUGUUGCCUUCGGUGGCUGUUGGUGUAGACUAUCUUAAAAGUCUGUGUGUCAUUUUGUGUUGUAUUGUUGCUGCCCCGGUGGCUGUUGAUGUUAGAGACUCUUAAAACUAUGGUUGUUGAAGAGACUUACCUUAAAACUGUAGUUGUUGAUGUUAAAGACUAUGGUUGUUGUUGCCCAGGGUCGCUGUUGAUGUUUGUUGAUGUUAGAGACUUUUAAAAUUGUAGUUGUUGAUGUUAGAAACUAUUGAAACUGUUUGAGACUUACUA